UAUAUAUAUAUAUAUAAAUCAGGAAAAAAUUAUAUAUAGUAGAAGUUGUUCAUAUACAUCACUGUAAAGUCAAGGAAGUAGAUUGUAUGGUGCCAACAUCUUAGCACUUCCUCAUAAUUUGAAGAAUGGGAAACUCCUCUGUUCUUAGUUCUGCUGUGAGAAUUUGCCCACAAAGGCAUUUACUCAAAGGAACCAGAAAAUGUGUAGUUUUUGCUCAAGACGCAUGUGUAAACUCCAAGACAACCUGUUCUCAAACACAACUACCAUAGUAACAGUAACUAUGGAUGGUAAACCCCGAGGGCAGAGGGUGUUCCACUAAAAUACAACUGGAUUUGCAAUUCACAUUGUGCACAUGCACAACAGAAGGCUAACUCCCAUGAGGAAAGGCUUUUACUAUUGUAAACUUAUAUCACUGACCUAUAAACAGAUUCAGUAACUUGCUGAAGUGUUUUGUAUCUGAUACAAUCUAAUUAAUUCAAGUAAGGAUAAGAUGACGUGUGGAUGAUGUCGGAAUAAGUACAAAGUAACCUACAAAUCACAACAAUGCAUUUGCUUUACAGUGCUAUAUCAGGAAGUCUAACUCAUUUAAUCUGAUCAAAUACUGGAAACUCUGAAAAUGUUCCUUUCCGGUAUCAUGUGAUCAGUGUGGAUAGGACGUCCUGUCCAGCUCCCAACACAUAGCUCUUACAUAGAUGACGAGAGUUCUCAUCAGCAUGUUAAUGAGCGGGAAUCUUUGGUGGGAGAACAGUGGGCUGACCAUUACUAAACCUGUUUUGCUGAGGCAGUUCUUCCACCAGCAUAAACAGACACUUCCUCAACUUCUCCCAUCUUUCCCUAAACAGACACACUGUUUAAAGUCCCAGAGGUGUCAGCGGGGAUUCUGAAGUGUGUGUCACUGCACAGGACUUUUAAACAAGUCAUCACAGUUUUCCCAGUGAAAAGCAAUGGACAUUCCAUGCAGUGGGGAAUCCUGAAGCUCAGUCCAUGAAUCACACAGAUGAGUGUCCUGGGAGGAGAAUCCCAGCUAAACACAAUGGGAUCCUAACAGGUUUGUGGCUUCAGCAUCUCCACCCCCUCCACAGGAUAAAGAGAUGCGUCUCUUAUCAGCGUCUGCAGGUUAUCAGCAGCCUGUCUGACUCCAAACACCCUCACAUGGGAAAAACAGAGGAACAUGUUCCCAUCGUUCACGGCACAGAUGUGUUCAUCACUGACACAUGAGCUCAGCCACCAAUUACAACGUAAUGUAUUCUUGCAUUGUACUGUUCGUUCUUGUACGCUACGUAAAAUAAUAAUAAUAAUAAUAAUAAUAAUAAAACAAUCUGUUAAAGCAGUCAAAAGAUGGCUAUUUCUGUAGGCCUAUAUGGACAUUUUAUUUAAAAGUCAAUUUGAAAUAUGCUUCCCUGUCCUCCGAGACAAAAUGUUAGUUUAACUUUAAUUAUAUAAAAAAACGUUACGAUAAACAUUAAAACGGGACAUGCUAAAUUAAACGGGACAAUAUAUUUUUACUAAUAUCUUUAAAAAUGAAAUGUAAUAAAAUAAUUACAAAUGAAUAAAUUAAUUUUAAAUGUUUUACUUAAAAUCAAUUGCCGUAGAUGGACUGAUCUCAGAUUACUGAACAGGAAACUGGAAAACAUGGGAAGGUUAAAGAGCCCAUCGAUCCCUUGAGACAUUUGAGAUAAUCUGCUUCCCAUUAGAAAUGAAUCUGUAACCGGAUCAGCUCAUUAAUGCUCGUCCCGCCCCUUCGUUUGAAUGCCAGCGCUGAUUGGGCACAACCGCGGCAUUGACAGUGACCUCACACAGAACCUGAAGGCGACCCAAAGGAUAAAACGCGAGCGGGACGCAUCGCGGUGACAGUGUCCAGCCCGCAUCCUCUCCUCAGUACUUUCAUCUGGACUUUGUGUGAAUCCGACGAGAAGAUGCCACGCGGAUUUUUAGUGAAAAGGAGUAAACGUGCCUCAUCAGCAUCCUACAAGGUGCGUGCGCAAGAAGAAAAAGAGCCGCGCAAAGAGGACCUGCCCAGCCAAACUCCAAAUGCAAGUGUCCCGGACGUGCUGGAACCUAUUAAAGAAUCAUGGGCAAGUGGUAUAAGCUCUAAAAAUGAGCAGACGCGUCUUCUGGGGGACCCUGGCGUUGUUGGAGAGAACGUCGAUUACGCACAGAGUUACUUUAGCCACCCGGAACAGAGCGCGUCAUCUCCGCGCAACAGCACCGACUCCUACAGCCCGAUUAAACCCAUCAGCACGGAGCUUUUGGACAGGUGUCUGAGCUCCCCAGCCAUGGCAGAGUCCUUUCCCUUGGUCACUCCGGUGACUUCAAUCGAGCGUCUGCUAAUGAACCACUCUGACAUGAAGUUUGGCACACCGGUGCCCUCUUCGGUGCCCACCUACCCCGCGUUUCAUCAAUGCGUAAAACGCGCGUUCAUGGACUCAGAGCGCAAGAGCAAAGCACCAAAAAAGCCUAAAGUCAUCAGAAAACUCAAUUUUGAAGACGAAGUCACCACCUCACCAGUCCUCGGGCUUAAAAUCAAAAAAGAAAGUCCUGAAUCAAAGCUGGCACCGCAAAGUGGCAGAAAAAAGCCGCUGGGUGAGUUCAUCUGCCAGCUUUGUAAGGAAGAAUAUCCUGAUCCGUUUUCUCUGGCCCAGCACAAGUGCUCUAGAAUCGUGCGGGUUGAAUACCGCUGCCCGGAGUGCGACAAAGUUUUCAGCUGCCCUGCUAACCUCGCGUCUCAUCGCAGAUGGCACAAACCUCGCGGCCUGAGCACCGGAGACGCGAAGAAGUCUCAGCUGGAGGCGCGUAACCACGAGAAGACCUCAGUGGAAGGGAAGGAGAACGCCAGCAAGAUGAGUGGGAACAAUCAGCACCAGCUGAGUCCGGACAGCUCCCAGCAUCACAGAUCAGCACCGGACAGCAACAUGAUGCACAGGGUAUCCCAAGACCCUCCUCUGGACCAAAGGUACCCAUCCUCCGAGAAAUGCUUUGAGAUGCGCAUUAGCUCCCCGGACAGCUCCAGGUUGUUCGAUCACUGCCCCGACGAGCCUGACAGGUCCACCACCCCCUAUUUGCCCUCUCCCGGCCCAGAAGAAGUGUAUGAAUGCCACUACUGCAGCAAGAAGUUUCGCAGGCAAGCCUACCUGAGGAAACACCUGGCCGCGCACGAGACAAUCAAAGCAUCCUCGUACAGUCACAUCGAGAGCGGACAGAUCACGUUCCCGUGUCACCUGUGCGGAGCGCACUUCCCCUCCGCGGAGAUCAGGGACAAACACAGACUCUGGCACGCGGUCAGAGAUGACUUACUGCUCAGACCCGAUCUGAGCCCCGGAGAACAGCAGAUAUUCUCAUGCAAACACUGUCCCUCCACGUUCUUCAGUUCUCCGGGUUUGACCAGACACAUCAACAAGACUCAUCCCACAGAGAACAGACAGGUGAUGCUCUUACAGAUGGCCGUCAGGCCGGGAUGCUGAUCUCACUUCAGAAACAUUUACGAUUAUGUCUAACGGCUUGUUGUUAAUAUUAUCACUCAAUAGGCUACAUCCAGUGUCUUUAUGUGGGGAUAUCGAACUUGGAGGUUUUCUUUUUUGACAACAGAGAUAGUUUAUGUAUCUUUGAUAAUCUUGGGUAACACUAUAUAACUUUUAUUAACCGACAUUAUCCACCACCUUAUUUUUCAGGUAAGAACGAGCGCGGCCAUUUGUAAAUUUAAGCUGCGUUCCAUUCGACAGGGUCCCUACGCAGUGUUCACUGCUCCCUACUCCCUGAGCACGGUAUAUCAGUUGAAGUGGACGCUCAUUUGGAACGCCCUGCAAACGUCAACAAAGAAAGUCAACGACGGUGUUGCGCAGAUUAUGAUAUAACAUAAAUAUUAUAAUUUACUUUCGAAUUUAAAAUUGACUCUUAACAGAUUUGAAGCUGUACCUGUCAUGCCAUAUGAAAAUAAAUUCUCAUGGUUAACUGUAUAAAUGUAUUCUUAAUCCAUGGUCUGGAUCUCAUCUCGUGCUCUUUCUUUUCCACGCGCAGCCGCAUAGUAAACACUCCUGAGGUAAAUAAAGUAAAAUAAAAAAAGCUUUCAGCUUUUCAGCACUUUUACUUUGUCAUGCCUAUUCAUACAAUAAAAUAUGCAAAUGUAACACUUAUCGCCAUAACCAUUCAUACUUUCGUUCGUAUAAGAAUAACAAAAUUUAUGAAUACUCAAAACGCAUACGUAAAUUCCUACAUCGCAGAACCGUUUAAAAACUCUUUCAACGGCUCUGCUCCAUCGUAGUUCUGACUGGUGACGCGGUGCGCAGUGACAGUUGGGUGAUUUUACCUCUCUACUUCCUGUGAAGUGAUGAAUCGAUGUUCCCUUAUUCCCUAUGCCGUUCGCAGUGCCCUUCGAACCGAACAUGUUUGCUCCCUUCAGAUUGGAAUCUCACUUAAGAUGGCGAAAUACCCCGUGAAGUCCACUUCGCAGUCCACUUACGGUCGAAUGGAACGCACCUUUAAAUGUGUCUGACUUCCGGUGUCAUUCACUACCAGUUAUUUUUAGUCGUACAAAACAGCUCGUUAUGCUGCUUGAUAUUGCAAACUGGUAUUUCUUACCAUGUUGUUUUAAUGUAUUGUCUUAAUUAUAAACACAAUGAUUUACAGUUUACUGCACUUUGAUAUUCUUCUCGUUAUUAUCCUAUAGCGGCUAAUAAAUCGGAAAUCUCGCACAUUCAUAGAAAACAUUUUACUUCCGCGUUGAAAAAUAAGGUGGAUAGGGUUAAUGGUGUAACGACACCGUCAUGUCACGAUACGAUACAUAUCACGAUACGAUAUUAAUGCGAUACUUCAAGACAUAUGGUAAAAGGUUAACAAAAAAUGUACUGUUGAUUAAAAUUCUAAAUUUGGUAUUACAUUGGGGGUGGAAAUGAAUAGGCUUGGACAAUGGGUAUUUUAGAUAAAUAUGCUUGCACUUUGUCACCGACUAGAUAUAUUUAAAAUAAUGUAGGCCACUUUUUACUGGUAACACAAGACAUUUGGCAUUAUCAGGACCCACAUAUAUUCCCCAAUUUCAUUAUUAUACAUUAUAUUCAACAUUAGUAGUUUAACGUAGUACUGACUCUCACAGUAAUUUUCAUUUUGGGUGAACUAUCCACGAUACAUAUUGUUGUAUUUUUGUAUUGUGAUAUAUUGUUAAACCCCUAAUAUAUAAAUUAUUUUAUAUAUAUUAGAUAUGAAAUAUAAAUAUUGCUUUGAUUAUUUUUUUUAUUUUUUUCCAAAUGUCAAGGAUUUUAUUAAUUUCUGUAACUUUUCCAAGCCUGUACAUCUCAAUUUUCUGAAUAUUUCCAGAUUUCCACAACUCCGUGAACUCUGUAUAUAAUUCUUUUCAUAUCAGUUCAUACACAUUCAAAUAUGAAUAUCAUGUUCACUUAAUUCAAUGUUUAAUUCACCUCUAUUUCAAAUUCAUUACUGAUAAUAUCAUUUUGAUAAAGUUAUGAAGUGUUAUCCAUAAAAGGUACUUAUGGGCACUUAAAGGUACUUAUGUUGCCAAUUUAAUUUAUGAAACUGUUUAUAGCGGUAAAGACAUCAAAUCUAUCAGGCUUGAGACUCAAAGCUCACCGCAGGUUUUUCAUUAACAUACAUCAUAAAAAGUGAAUUAAUAUAUUUUGUGUCUCAUUGUAAAAGUAGCUCCCAUGGACAGCUUGUUUAGUCUCAAUCGUAUUAGAAGGUGCUUUGAUUUCUAGAUCAUGAAUUAAAGUACUGUACGUUUCAUUAUUUUAAAUGACAGCAGUAGCUGCAAAAAAGAAAAUGUAUUUAUAUCACAAAUAACUGCCAAGAAAUGCCAUAGCAUACAUCAAGACUAUUAGAGGCCUACAUGUAAUAAUAAACCAUAAGUGUCAUAUUUUCAUAUGUAGUCAUUUUCAGCUGUUAUGAAGAGGUCAAUAAAUCAAAUUGUCUUCGAAUACCCUUACAAAUGUAGCUUAUUUGCACAAAUCAACUGGAGAAGCUGCUAUUAAAACAGAAAAUAAGAAAUCAGUACACUUAAAAAUAUCAAAAAACAUUUGAUUCACCCAGUAACUGCACAGGAUUUGCUAUGUUGUAAGAAUACUUUUAUUCUUAAGUGUAGUUGCACAUCCACUCUCCUUCGACAUCCGAUACAAAUGUAUAGAUAUACUACCGUAUGACAACAUCUGUGCGUGUGCUUGCGUGUUGUGCAGCUGUUAUAUCAACACAUGCAGUUAGUACUGGAAUCAUGCAGCAUUUGGUCAGUAGUAACACACAAAAUCUACCCAUGAGGACUUUUUUUUUUUAACCUCUUGAAAUUACGCGCAGGUUUUCAGUUGCUCGUGUGCAGGCCUUUAAUAUACACGGUAUAAUUUCAAUCCAGAAGUGUGCUGCAUGAUUUCAACUCCACACAUAUAUAUUUUUUUUGCGAUAAAUUUCUAAAUGAUUUCAAAUUAAAAAGAAAAAUAAUAAAAAUCUGACCCUCAUUAAGUCUCGCAUAGCUUUCAAGAAAAUAUACAAACUUGACAUAUCUUAAACAUGGCAACAGUUAUAACUUGCAUCCGUAGUCUAGGGUCAGUUACCCUUUAAUCCCUUAAACGUGAAGAAAUGCUAGUGUCAAAGAUGUUUUUCGCGCACGUUUAGAAAAAAACCAAAAGAACAGAACAAGAUUACAUUAAAGGCUUUUGAACUAGCUCAAAACGUCCUGAAGCGGGUAGUUCGGUUCAAUUUGGCAACGUCGCCGUCUCCCUGCAAGACCUGUUAAUGUGGCAACUCAUUCACACUUUCCUUAAAAAUCCCAUCCAAGAUGAGAUGAAUCAAAAAGAGCGCUGCAGUCAAAUGAUUUAUGCUGUAAAUGAGCUGAUAAACCUGCGUGGGCUCGUCUCUAAGGCUGCUGUGCAACAAAACAAAAUGACAGAGUCCAGCAAAAACCUAGCCAUACAGACAGACUUGCAAGCUGAAGACUUGUUCUAAGUGGCCUUUUGAUUUUUUUUUUUGGUUGAUUUAAAUACUGUCAAAUAUGUACACAGAUCAGAUACUGUUCAUACACUAUACACAUACAUUAAAUAUGUAUAUAUUUUAUAUUUAUAGAUAUAUACACACAAAUAACAGUUACAAAUGACAAAGGGGCGGUUCAGUAUAACAUUAAAAAAAAAUCAGUAACAUUCUAAUGAAGAGAAAACUAAAUUUACAAAUUGCAAUAAACCGUAAUCCAUAAAGAAAACCAGCAAAAAAAAAAACAACAA